CAAAGGAAUUGUAACCAUGUACGCAUGCGCAGGCGCGUGCUCGUCUCGGCCGCUGCGGGUUUUGCGCACAGGGACGCGACGCGGCAGCAGCAGCGGAGGAAUCCAUAGCAACGGCGGAUAAACAUGAGUUACUACAGCAGACCCUCCAGUUCCUCCAGCUUCGCGUCCACCGCCACCACCAGCACGCUGGAGGACGACAGUCUGAACCUCAGACAGCAGAAACUGGAGAAACAGAGGGCGCUGUUGGAGCAGAAGCAGCGGCGGAAACGCCAGGAGCCGCUUAUGGUCCAGCCAAACUCAGAGGGACGUCCGCGGCGCUCACGGCCCCGCCGCAGUGAGGAACAAGCGCCGCUCGUGGAGACCCAGGUCAGCACGGCCAGUGACAUCAUCCUUGACGGCAUCGACGGGCCCGCGGCACUGCUGGGAUCGGAAGCUCCGGAUCUGGGCAGUAAGAUCCAGGUUCUGUCCGUCAGUCAGCCGCAGCAGCCCUCGCCCCCGACCGCAGAAGAGCCAGAGACAGACGCCGACACUGACACACUGCUGGAACCCAAGACUGACAUACACACACUGCUGCAGAGACGCGGACUGUCGGGCAGCAUGAACUACGAUGAGGCCAGUGAGGAUGACGACGAUGAAGCCGAAGACCGAAGCCGAUCGCUGUCCCCGAACACAGAGAGCACGAGACCUGCGUCGGCCUCCAGCACUAAAUCCAACACGGAGUGUAUCCCGGUGAGUUCUCCAUCGGCUGAAGGCUCUUCCAUUGAGGUGGAUAAUCUGGAGGAGUUUGUGCUCCGUCCGGCUCCGCGGGGAGUCACCGUCAAGUGUCGCAUCUCACGGGAUAAGAAAGGCAUGGACCGCGGCCUCUACCCCACAUACUUCAUGCACCUGGAAAGAGAAGACGGCAAGAAGGUGUUUUUAUUGGCUGGACGCAAGAGGAAAAAGAGCAAGACAUCAAACUAUCUGAUCUCUGUAGAUGCCACGGAUCUGUCCCGGGAGGGCGAGAGCUUCAUAGGAAAACUGAGGUCUAAUCUGAUGGGAACGAAGUUUACCGUGUAUGAUAAUGGCACGAACCCCUCGAAGACCUCCGGAGCACUGCUGGAGGAAACCAACACACGUCAGGAGCUCGCCGCCAUCUGCUACGAGACCAAUGUUCUGGGCUUCAAAGGGCCGCGGAAGAUGACUGUGAUCAUUCCCGGCAUGAACAUGAAUUUCGAACGGGUCCCGGUCCGGCCCCCUUGUGAGCAGGAGUCUCUUCUGAGUAAAUGGCAGAAUCAUUCGCUGGAGAAUCUGAUAGAGCUGCAUAAUAAAGCGCCGGUGUGGAACGACGACACGCAGUCAUAUGUGCUAAACUUCCACGGCAGAGUCACGCAGGCCUCCGUCAAGAACUUCCAGAUCGUCCACGACAAUGACCCGGAUUACAUCGUGAUGCAGUUUGGCCGUGUGGCGGAGGACAUCUUCACUCUGGACUUUAACUACCCCAUGUGUGCCCUGCAGGCGUUUGCUAUCGGCCUGUCCAGCUUCGACAGCAAACUGGCCUGCGAGUGACGCUGUGACACACUUCACCUCUACACCGAACACACACACGGCCCUCUUCCACUCAGGACACUAGAGCACAAUCGUCUCGUCUCGCCACAUUACGCCCGAGGAAGAGGAUUUGUGCUCCACCCAAAUAAAUCAGAAAAAAGGACCAAAUUUAUUCUGUUUUGUAAAUGAAACACAUCAAAUCUUUUAACUUUUUACUACCUGGUAAGAUGAUCGUGUGAGUUAUUUACCCGCUUUCUCUUUUCCGAAAAGAGAAGAUGCUUUAAUGGACCAAUAGAAAAGACACUAAGGGAUUUUCUGAAACUGAGAGAUUUUUAUGAUAUUUUCUUGUGAUGUUCUGUAAGUGUCUGAUGGAUUUGAGAAGUACGUCUAUAGGGAGUUAAAGGGUUUGUUCACUUUGAAAUUAAAAUGAAGUCAUCAUUUACUCACCCUGGUGUUGUUCUAAUGCUGUUCACACUUCUUUCUUUUUCAGACCAGCAUCAAGCUUUAAAAAAGAUGCAAAAGAUGGUCCGAUGCGACACGUGCCAUAUAUUCCAAGUGUUCUGGGGGUUUACGAUAGGGUUUGGUGAAAAACAAGCCGAAAUUUAAUGUAUUAUUUUUUAAAAAAUCCUGCCCUUGGCCGUUGAUCUUCUGUGCACGUUCAUGAAACUCUAUUAGUGCCGCAAUUCACUCCGACUCGCCCAGAAAAACUUGUGAGAAAUCAAGAUUAACAAAAACGUAACAUGAAAUACAAUACAUGUACCUUCUUCUCUGAGGUAAAUAUAUUGGUUGUGUUCGUUACAACAAGAAGUUAUCGCGUUCAUGUCUGUCAGCUGACUGACAACCAGAGUUCUGGUCCGGAGAUAAUUUUGUUAGAUAUAUUUUGAGAUAUUUAUGUAUUUUUGUUAAAUAAUGCAUUAAAUUUCGGUUUGUUUUUUACCAAACCCUAUCGUAUACUCCCAGAAAAUGUGGGAUAUGACACAUGUUGCAUGGGAUCAUUGUGUGAUACAUUUGCUUCUUUUUUAAAGCUUGAUGCUGGUCACUGUUAACAUUUUUUUUUAUUUAUUUAUUUUUAUUCCUCCUUUUGUGGUCUAAGAAAGAAAGAAGGGGAUAUGGUAUUAGAACAAAAGUAGGGUGAGUAAAUGAUGACUUAAUUUUCAUUUUAGGGUGAACUAUCCCUUUAAGAACCAUUUCUGGUCAGAUUUCACCCCUGAGGUUAAAAGAAAAAAUAAGAAGUUAUAUUUUGCAUGAAGAAAAUUAAACAAACAAAAAAAUCAUGUAAUGGAGUAAAAAUGAUAGUAAAUGUGAAUUACAGAUGCAUUAUGGUUGUGAAAACGUGCUCUUAAAAAUAUGCUUCAUUUUCUUCAGGUACAAUAUAAUUUCUCUUUUUCCUUUUGAUAUUGGGGUGAUAUGAGUAUGUGUUUUCUUCAGAUUUACAUUUUUAUUCUAAUGAUGUUGUAUUUUUGCAUUCAUGUUAGAAUAUGACGUUUUUUUAACACCUUCUGUUUUUAAAUGUGGUUCAUUAUUUGUCUUUUUUAAGUCUUUGCUCACCAACAAUCCCUGAGAAAACACUGCAUGUUGAUAAAUGAGGAGAAAUGCUGGAUUCUUUGGCCACGUCUCAAUCCUCCAGCUUCCCUCUCGUGCCCUUGUGUUAACCUUUGAAAACUGACGCACACUUCUGGUUAUUACCGCUGCUGCAUGGAUUGUGAACGUUGCCUUAACAUGUUGCUGUAGUGUAAAUAGUGCCUGAAUGCUGAGUUUACAUCAUGAGAAACUAGAAAAAGGGAAGUUCAAGCACAUUUGUUCCUGUUUCAUUGUGAAUUCCUAUAGAUAUGAUUGAUGUGUGUGUUGAUAUUCAUCAUCUGUUGUGUGUGUGUGUGUGUCAGCCAAGAGUGUACUGAUUUAAAAAAGCAAAAUAUUUUUGUUUUCAUUUUAAAACAAUAACCUGUUUGCACAAACUGUAUUUUAUGAUGACACUGUUGGUAGAAAUACAGUAAUUAAAAGUCAUAAAUAUUUAAAAAAGGAAAAA